AUGGACUCGUUCUCUGAGACAGACCUGUUUUGUCCUCUGUGCACUGGGAUUUUCGAAGUUGCUGCGAUAUUGAAGUGUGGGCACAAUUUUUGCAGGGCUUGUUUAAAACAGUUUUGGAACUAUAACGUACGUCACAGCUGCCCAUUGUGCGGCACCUUGUCGCAUUGUAACAAGGCUCCUAUCAAUCUGGAGCUGACAAGGGCAGCAGAUAAAUAUCGAGCUCAAAUGGACAUCAGAGGCUUCUGUGUUUCUCACAACGAGAAGCUGAAGAUUUUUUGCCAUAAUGACGAGCAACUCAUCUGCCUUGUCUGCCAGCUAUCAAAACAGCACAAAGUGCACAAGUGCAGCCCGGUGGAGGAAGCUGUCCAACAGAAAAAGACAGAGAUUUCAAACCAACUGGACUCCCUGAAGACCGAACUGAAGAUACUGAACAAGACAGAGAAAAGCUGGGCGGAAACAAAAGUCUACAUCCAGACCCAAGCGAAGGCAGAUGAGGCGGUAAUUAAAGAGGAAUUCGAAAAGCUCCACCAGUUCCUCCAGCAGGAAGAACAAACCAGACUGAAUGCACUUCAACAAGAGACAGAAACAAAGAUUGAUGUGAUGAGUAGGAAGCUGGAAACCAUCAGAGGACACAUCAAAGACCUUUCCUCCUCCAUCAGUGAUGUUGAGAAAAGACUCAAAGCACCAGAUCUGAUGUUUUUACGGGAAUACAAGAACACAAAGGCAAGGGUCAAAUGCAACCUUCAACGGCCAGAGUGUUUUCGAAAUAUCCUGAUAAAUUCUGCAGAGCAUCUGGGAUCACUGGUGUUCGAAAUUUGGAAAAAAAUGGAAAAUAUUGUCAAACAUGUUCCCGUCAUUCUGGAUCCAAACACAGCCCACCACAACUUGUCCAUCUCUCCAGACCUGAGCAGUGUGCAGCGCGGCAGGAAGAAAGUCCUGCCUGACAACCCGGAGCGCUGCACCGGCCAGAUGUGUGUGCUGGGAGCCGCUGGGUUCAAGUCUGGAAAGCACAGCUGGACCACCGAGGUGGGUCACACUAAAGACUGGUCCAUCGGUGUGGCCCUGGAGUCCUUCAAAAGAAAGAAUUUCGUCUCCCUCAAGCCUUCUGAGGGCAUCUGGGCAGUCAGCCUUUGCAAUGGGGACUCACUGUUUGCAAAAACAUGUCCUCGCAGCAAGCUGCCCAUGAAGCACAAACCUGAGAAGAUCACCGUGGAGCUGGACUACGACAAAGGAAGGGUUGUCUUCAGGAAUGCUACAGAUUCUACAACAAUCUAUGCAUUCAAAGCUAAAUUCACUGAGCGGAUUUUCCCUUACUUCUCCCUCGGAUUUCCCGACGGCAGCCAGAACGAGAGUAAACUAACAAUCAGUCCAAUGAGAAUCAAGGUCGAGGUCGAAUAA